AUGGAUUUUUCAGAAAACCAAGACUUUGAGCCAGUGCAGUAUUGUUUUUAUUCUGGAAAUAUAUCCUGCCCAAAAGCAGUUAGAUCAAUGGCCUUUUAUGUGAUUAUUUACAUUUUUGCAGCAGCAUCCGUGAUGUUGACAAUCUGUGGGAAUCUUGUGGUGAUCAUUUCGAUCUCCCACUUCAAGCAGCUCCACACACCAACAAAUCUUCAUGUGCUGUCUCUUGCUGUAGCAGAUUUUCUGAUUGGUCUGAUUGUGAUGCCUUUCACCAUUAUUCAAACAAUUGAAACCUGCUGGUAUUUUGGGGACAUAUUUUGCUUUGUUCAUACAGUAUUUUAUCUUGUGUUAACCUCAGCUUCUAUUAGCAGUUUGGUAUUUAUAGCUAUAGAUCGUUACUUUGCUAUAUGUCAUCCAUUUAUGUAUACCCAUAAAAUAACAAUAACUGUCACAUGGUGUUUUAUUGGACUUAGCUGGUUGUUAUCAAUGGUUUACACUUGGGCAAUUUUAUUUUUUAAAGGAAAUGUUGAUGGUGUUACUGACCUAAAUGCCUGUCCUGGAGACUUUAUUGUUGCAAGACGGCAUGCAAGGCUAAUUAGUUCAAUGUCGCAACAAAUCUCAUCUAUUGAAGGAAAUAAACAAAAUAUAUCCAAAAGAUCUGAAAGAAAAGCUGCAAAAACAUUAGGAAUUGUAAUAUUUGUUUUUUUCCUUUGUUGGGUUCCUUACUAUAUUUGUACUUUAAUUGUUCCCAAUAUGUAUGUUUCUAAUCCAUCUCUGGCUAUUCAUGUGCUGAGCUGGGUGAGUUACUUUAAUUCAAGUUUGAAUCCAAUUAUUUAUGCAUUGUUUUAUCCUUGGUUUCAAAAAUCUUUGAAACUCAUAGUGACUUUUAAAAUUUGUAGUCCUUCUUCUUCACUAAUAAACUUAUUUGCAGAAAAUUAG